CAAACGACGUCGUUACGAAAGAGGGAAACCAAAGAAAACACACAAACACUUGUUAUUUGGAAUUGGAGAAGUUUGAAGUGUCUUCUUAGCUUGUUAAUUUCAACAAAACGAAUCAAGGGAUUUGAUCUGAAACUGGCGAGAAUGGAUUUGUCGGCGGUGACGGCGGCAUUGGAAUCGAAAUCGUACAACAAAGUUGCAGAUAUCUGCGAUAAUCUCAUGCUUCAGGUUGCAGCUGACGGUGUUGCUUUUCACAAUGACUGGCCCUACGCCAUUCAUCUUCUCUCUCACUUUUAUGUUCAUGACAUCAACAGUGCCCGCUUUCUAUGGAAAACGAUACCUUUCUUAAUCAAAGAAAACAAACCUGAAAUUACUGCUGUGUGGAAAAUUGGUCAGCAGCUUUGGUUAAGGAACUAUGGUGGAGUGCAUGAGGCGAUCCGUGGUUAUGAGUGGAGUCAAGAACUUCAGGGCUUUGUUUCUGCUUUCUCAGAACUUUACACAAAGGAGGUUUUUCAGCUGCUUGUAUCUGCUUAUUCUACAAUAAGUAUUGAAGAUGCUGCUUUAUUUCUGGGAAUGAGUAAGGAAGAUGCUACAAGUUAUGUACUACAGCAAGGUUGGACUGUGGAUUCUUCCUCUGGGAUGCUAACUGUGAAGAAGCAACCUGUUGUGACAGAGCAGAAGCUAGAUCCUCGAAAAUUGCAACAGCUGACCGAAUAUGUCUUUCAUCUUGAGCAUUGAAGCUAUUUGAUCUUGUGAAGGAAUUACAUUACUGUAUUCUAAAAUUCUUCCUUAUUGAUCAAUCUCAUGAUCUGUCUUCUUAAAAGUGUAUGAUUGUUCAUAUAUCCUGUUGAUAGUUUUGGAAAACCAGACAAGAAUAUUUCUCGUGUUGUUACUUGAGCACUGCCUAGGUUAA